AUGGCUUCCAAAUUGAUUGUCCUUCUCUCGCUUGCAGUUUUGGGUUGCGUAUUCGCAGCUCCUGCUUCUACAACAGAAAAAGAAGAAAAAACAACAACAGCAACAGAAGAUGAUUUGCUCGUCAUCGAUGAAAUAGUGGUCAAGGAAGUUCCCAUUGUGGUAGCACUCAUUGAUCCUACCAUACCAUCUGAACCCGAAACCAAAGAGACAACUAGCCAGCCGGAGCACAAAGUAGUAAAGAGGUCAGCCCUGCGAGGUGAUAACCCUAGCAACGACUUGCUCGCUAAUUUGGAUGGGCUACAAUUUGACAAUGGAUUAUCAGAGUUUGGUGGACGCAGGAUCAAGUUUUUACCAACCUGGGCGGGUUAA